AUGUCAGAAUAUUAUCAAGGCUAUACGUCCAUUUGUUCUUACAUAAGUAAUCAUAACGAGACUUGUUCAUUUCGCGAGUUCGUAGACCUUUACAAGGAAAUGAUUAUAGACUCUCCACCGAAUACUGAUGACUGGAGUGGUUUAGAAACUGCAUGGGAAAUGAGAUUCUUAAGAAGCGUAAAAGAUAUUAUUCCUGAAAAAUACGAUGAUAUACAUGCAAAGGUGAAAUCAGAAAUUUCGAAUAAGUCCUUAAUGUAUCAUUGGCAAAAUAUUGUCAAUGAAAAAGGACAAAAAUCCGUAAUCAAUAAUCAUAUAUCUGGUAGUCUAAAAAUAUUGGACGCAACGGCUAAACAUAAUGUCAAUACUACUAACACGAAUGCGGAUGACGAUGACGGUGAUUUCAUUAGUAGUAAUAAGAGCACAAUUUCAAGAUCACAUUGGAAAGAUACGUCAUCAUCAAAUUUACAAUCCUUAGAAAGUGCGGGUUCUAGCAUAGGAGAUACGAAAAUGAUGGAUGAAGUUAAUAAUCCCGGGUAUAACAGACCACAUACUCCACCUCAUCAAAUUUACUCUACAUCGGAGAAUCAAAAUUUACUUACACAAUUAAGAAAUGAGAAACAGCGAGCAAAAUCCACAAUCGAUACCCGCAAUGACUUACGGAAUAAACUUCUACUUCCAUUCAUCCCAUCUGGUGAAACUUAUUCCUUCAGUAAACAUUAUGAGGUGCAUUGGGUACACCGGUUUGCUGACAAAUUAUCAUUAUUUUUCGAAGCUCCUCGGAAUCCACUUCUAGAUAAGAAUUCUGAAGGGUGGUUAAAUUGUCAUAUUUUUGCUCCUCUAAUUGACGAUUGUUUUUUAAUAUGUGAAGAAAUCCAUGUACAUCGCUGUGAAGAAAUGUCCUUGGCAUCAAUAAUGCGCAAAAAUUUAACUAGGGAAGAAUCUGAAAAAAAAUCCUCUGGACAUAAAAUAGACAUAAUUUUUCGCGUUGAUGAUAGAAAUGAAGGAUCAGCUGGACCGACUUCUAAAAAAGUUGGAAUUUACAAAAGAAUCGAUCAAAGAGGUAAAAAAUAUCUUCGUACAUGGAAUGUCGCAUGGAGAUAUCGAAUAGGAACAACAUGGUCAAGUGUCCCAGAUAGUCUUAUGACCUUAAAAAAGAUACUUUGUUUGAAGUGCGAUAUAAACAAAGUUCUCGGCGUUAUUAAAAAAGUAAAGAGGGCUCGCUUAUAUUCAAAGCCAGAAGAUUUAUUUUCAAUUAAUAACCUUCCAGAUACAACACCAUCUCCGAAAAAAAAACAGAAUAAAUGA